UACCAUCACAUUGGAAUCGGGGUUUCAGCAUGUGAAUUUGAGGGGGACGCAAACAUUCAGUUCAUAAAUCCCCACCUUCCCUUCCCCAGUCAAACCCGUCGGGCUCCAGUACAUGUUGAGGGUUAUGGAUUGUUUCAGAAUUCUCCCAAAGACUUGUUUUCCUGGGCACAUGAUCUGAAACCAAGGAGGCUUAAGUAACACCUUAAUGAGCCAACCAGCCACUCAGUGUAUACUAUUUGUGACCGGUACUCCCUCCUGAGAUGGGGGUGGGCGGGGACUGCCCAUGCCCUGUACCUACCAGCGUGCUAUAAUAAAUUCUCCCCCCUCCCCCCUCCCCAUUUCCUUGGCUUCCUCUUGGCCUGGCACUGAUACGAGUUGGGCUCUGUGGUUACGGAAACAGCGGAUCACUCCUCUUCUUUGAGGAUAAGGAGCCAUGUGGGCUGAAACAAAGCUAGACCUGGGACCUGCCGGGGACUGAUGCAUUCGCCACCAACGGCCCCUCCCUCUGUCUUUCCACAUGACCUGCAAGUCCUGGUAGCAGUUGUCUGCAUUUUGAUCGUGUGGAUCUUUAAGAAUGGUGAUGGAAGCAGCAAGAGACGGAAGGGGGAGCCCAGAGCCAGGGCCGAGGUUCGUCCCUGGGUGGAUGAGGACCUAAAAGACAAUACUGAUCUCCACCAAGGGGAAGAAGAUGCCAAUGACUGGCAAGAGUCAGAGGAAGACGUCGAACAUAUUCCAUUCUCCCACACCCGGUAUCCUGAGAAGGAAAUGGUGAAGAGAUCCCAGGAAUUUUAUGCACUUCUCAGUAAAAGACGGUCUGUGAGAUUCAUAAGUAGUGAGCAAGUCCCCAUGGAAGUCAUUGAUAAUGUCAUCAAAACAGCAGGAACUGCCCCAAGUGGGGCCCACACGGAGCCCUGGACCUUUGUGGUUGUGAAGGACCCGGACGUGAAACAUAAGAUUCGGGAGAUCAUCGAGGAGGAGGAAGAAAUAAACUACUUGAAAAGGAUGGGACGCCAAUGGGUUACGGACCUGAAGAAACUGAGAACCAAUUGGGUUAAGGAGUACUUGGACACAGCACCUGUUCUGAUUCUGAUUUUCAAACAAGUACAUGGUGUUGCGGCAAGUGGCAAAAGAAAGGUCCACUACUACAAUGAGAUCAGUGUUUCCAUUGCUUGUGGCAUCCUCCUGGCUGCUCUUCAGCGGAGUUUCUAUUUGAGAGACACUUGGAAGCUGUUCAUCUAAAGUCGAACUCCUAAGACACGUAGCUUGGUGUGAAAAACACCCCUGGAAACCUGGUGCCACGUGCUAGAAUCCUCUUCUGGAAACAUCACUUGAGGCUCAGGAAAAUGGCCACUGCGUUUGCCUUCGUCUGUAACGACGCGAAGCUCCAAGGGUUUCGGCAGGCAUGCUGCCUUGCUGGGCUCGCUGUCGUCCGAGCCGGUGGCAUGAUUAAAAAGCUAUAAAGAGAAGGCUCUCCUAGAGCUCCUUCCCUGGAAAGUCGAGCUUACGUGGCCUUGCGCUGGAAAGACAUCUACGUGCUUUAAUAAACCAUUCCAUCUCUGCGGUAUGUGGGGUCGCUGGAGCAAUGCUAAGCAUGAAACAGAGCAGAUUGAGGUACACCUUUUACAGGAUUCAGUUCAUUCACUCAACUCCUUCUGUGUGGCAGGUCCGAGGGGAGGACGGAGGGCACCAGGGAGGUCUUGCCUCAUGAACUGUGCGUGCAUUCUGGCGGGGACUGGGGUCCUGGGGUAGAGAGAGACAGUGAGCACGUAAAAGAAACGAGGCAAACAAGAUGGUAAGUGAGAGUGAUCAUACUUCCAAACGACAAUCGAGUCCAAAAAACUACACGCUUCUUCACUAACUCGAAGCAAACUUUAUAUGGCGAAAAUACCUUGCAAAAUACAGUCGUGGCUAACACAAAAGAGGAAGAGGCUUUUAGAUUGCUUGAAAAGUUUACCUAGAGAAAGUGGCAUCUCACUUCUUCCUUAAUGCUGUGAGCAUGCAGAUAAAGGAAGUGAUGUGCAACAUCGGACCACGCGGACGCCCCGUUCAUUCAUUCAUCUGCCGGAAGAAGCAAACGGUUCAGAGAUUUUUGAGCUCUGAAUCAGCAGCCUUGUCACGUUAGUGUUGAGUUUGCUGCCCUCUAGCGUCGCCUCAGGCAUGAUUCUGAGCGUAGGUCCUAUUUGCGAGGGAGGAAAGAGGAAUCUUCCUGAUGCUCCCCAUCUGCACAGAUCGCAUAUCGACCGGACCAAAGAGCCUGUCCUGUAGGACUCUCAAAGGCAGUUCUAGAACUUCUGUCUGGCUCAGGCUUAGCGGUGACCCUCUGGGAAAUCAGAGGGGAGGGAGGUAGCUUGGGAAGCAUCUUGAAGCUGCAUGUGAUUUUUAUUAGGUGUUUAUUAUCCGGAGGGGUUCGUAGACAGGUUGAGGGAGUAAUGCCAGGCUACUGAGCCUCUGUCACUGGACGUAGGUAUUUUCGGCUGGGGUGGUCCUCCGCCUGCAUUGCUGGUUAUAUAAGCAUAGGAACUCCCUGUUGUUUGAGGGUAUACCCCUUCCUUGGGUAUAUUUGGACCCCCCAAAUUUCCUUCCAUGAAAUAACCAUUCCUGUGUCUUAACCAUCAAUGACAAAUAGGACGAGUAUUUUUCUUCUUCAAGAAGCUUCUUACUGUUGGGUUCAAAGAAUGUGGUGACUAGGGAGGUUGAGGAGAACAGGUGAGGUUUAAGGUCCACCUGCCCAAGCUGGCGGGCUCUUUGCUGCCCAGCUGCAGGGAAAUGAUGGGACAAGCAGGCCUAAUGGGGACCGGAAUGUCCCCAGGCCACAAGCAAAGUCGUGACUUCCACUGAGUUGACACUGUAUUCUCUCCCCUUCUG